CAACAGCUUCAGUCGUUCUUCACUCUUCGGCCACAGCGAUUACCGAUUUGAAGCAGCGACGUGAUCGGUUGGUGAAUUCGUGAAUCUCGUUGGACCUCACCGAGUGCGAGAAAAAUGCGUCUCUUCGAGUGUUUUGUGCCUGUGUUGGUACUCCUGUACGUUGGGAGCUGUUCCGCGAACCCUGGCCUGCUCGUGGAACUAGCGAAGCACCGCAAAGGGAGCCUGCUGGACCCACUGGGCCUGUUCCAAAAGAACCAAGAUCCUCAGAGCACCAGUAAGGCGGGAUCAUUCGGGACCAAUCUACAGCUAGGACCGCUUUCCCUUUCGAGCAGUAUAGCUACUUCUUCGGCAACGGCCCAAGGCAGUGGGGCAAGCUCCGUUGCUAAGGCGAAUUCCCAGGCCAUCGGGGGCGCCAAUGCAAAUGCCGACGCCAGUGCAGCCGCUAAUGCUCAAGGUUACGCCGAUUCAACAUGGCCGAAUUAUAACUCGAACGACGCUGGAGGUGACUGGGUACCAACGAAUAACCAACAGUACGAUGGUUCCGGUUCUUGGCCGGUUACGAACGCGAAUCACGGUAGCAAUACUGGUGCGAACGCCGUUGCAAAUGCAAAUGCAAACGCGAACGCGAACCUAAAUGCAUACGGAGGUGUAAACUCGAACGUGAACGCCAACGCGAAUUCGAACGCCAAUGCCAUCUCAGAAACUGGUGCAUCACCGACCGGUUACUAUUCCCCGGGAUACGGUCUAGCAGACACGGCUGCCAACGCGAACUCAAAGUCGCACUAUGCGAGACCAUUCGCUGACUAUCGAGCUCCCGGAAGUCUCGAAAUUAAUGCAGAUGCUGCAGCAAGUGCGGAUGCACGAGCGAAUUCCGUGAUUGGAGGGAGAUCCCCGAGCAUCUACUAUGAUCCCGAAGGAUCAUGGAUCGAUGCUGGCGCAUCUGCGAGUGCUAAUGCGAGAGCGAAUUCUAUCAGAGGCACUAAUUCACCGGGUCACUACCGUUCUGCAGCAUUCACCCACAACAUCGCAGCUGGGAGACCAAACUCGAAGUUCAGCAAUGGUCUGGGACCACCUAUCAGCUACUAUCCACCAGGACACGUCCAACCCACUGGACCUGUCAUCGUUCCUCAGAGACAAACUCCUAUAACGAUAAUCGAAUCCCCAUACCCCAUCGACGGAGACAUUCAAGUACUUCCCGUACCCAUCCAGUCCACUGUAUAUUCUCAUCCCGUGUCCCAUAGACGUCCAGAGGUGAUCGUUCAUCCGAUGCCUCCGGUCCAGUCAUUCCCACAGUUUCCACCUGGUCGUCCUUCCAGCAACGCUGAUACGGUGAUACCAGUGGUGAUCGUGGAGGAUCUACCACCUCACAGGCCGCAACCGCGACCUGGUCACGGUCGAAAGCCUGACACGAUCCAGGUGAUCGUGAUAGAAGAAGAGCCUAACUCGCCGCAGCAAGGCCAAGCAGGUGGACUCUUAGGUCAACCAACGGGCGGCGUCUAUCCAAUGGGUUACGCAGCAGCCAAUGCAAACGCCAAUGCAAAUGCCAUUGCAAACGGCAAUGGUCUCGCGAGCGCGAACGCAAAUGCCAAGGCGAUUGCCAAUGCUAACUCCGGUCUCAACGGGAACAUGUAUCCUGGAGGCCUUGUCCAGGGAACAGGAUAUUACCCAGGAAGCGCACCAGCGACUGGAAUAGGAGCGAACAACCCUUUCCUGACAGGAGGUUCCCAAGGAAACGCUAACGCAGCUGCCAAUGCUAAUGCAGCUGCCAACGCCAACGCGGGAGCGAUUGGCAAUGGAAACAUGUAUCCGAUAACGACAGGAUCAGCUCCAACAUCGGGCUAUUAUCCAAGUGGUUCGUACGUUCCCCAAGGAAACAAUCCUUUCCUGACUGGUGGACCAGUCCAAGGAAUAGGAAACGCAGGCGCCAAUGCCGGAGCUAAUGCUGGAGCCAAUGCUGGAGCCAAUGCUGGGGCCAAUGCAGGGGCCAUUGCUGGGGCUAAUGCUGGUGCCAAUGCUGGUGCAAAUGCUGGAGCCAAUGCUGGAGCAGCUGGUGCUCCAGGGCAGAUCGGAGCGCAGAAUCCUUUCCUCAAUGGAAACUAUGGAGCAACUAGACCUCAUGGACUAGGACAUUUCGUAACCGGAGGAAACGGAGCAAAUACGAACGCUGGAGCGACAAGUGGUGCAUCUGGAGCAAUGAAGGGCAUCCCAACGACGUAUCCUGGUCAAGGAAGCGGACCAAUAAACUACGGAAUGCCUAUACCAACGGGACCAUCGAUACCUGGAUCAGGAGCAAACGCAAAUGCCAAUGCUGGAGCAAACGCAGCUGGAACUAACGGAGUGUACGGCCAGCCGAUCAAAGAGACCCCAGUGAUCAUCCCUGCUACUCCAGUUGGAAAUUACGACACUGCGCCAUCUGGAUCUGGUAACGCAUUUGGAAGCCCUGACUCGGGUAGUGCAAUUGGAACUUAUCCGACCAAAGGUGCUCCUAUUUACGGAACAACUGGACCAAUGUAUGGAAAUGGACCCGCUGGUAAUGCUGGAGCGAAUGCUGGAGCCACUGGUGCUGCCAAUGGUGGAGGGUAUAUCGCUCCAACCAUAGGUGCUCCCAUUUACGGACCAUCUGGACCAACCUUCGGUAGUGGACCCUCUGGUAACGCUGGAGCGAAUGCUGGAGCCACUGGUGCUGCCAAUGGUGGAGGGUAUGUCGCUCCAACCAAAGGUGCACCCAUUUAUGGAACACCUGGACCAACCUUCGGCAAUGGACCCUCUGGUAAUGCUGGAGCGAAUGCUGGAGCCACUGGUGCUGCCAAUGGUGGAGGGUAUAUCAUUCCAACCAAAGGUGCUCCCAUUUACGGACCAUCUGGACCAACCUUCGGCAGUGGACCCUCUGGUAACGCUGGAGCGAAUGCUGGAGCCACUGGUGCUGCCAAUGGUGGAGGGUAUGUCGCUCCAACCAAAGGUGCACCCAUUUAUGGAACACCUGGACCAACCUUCGGCAAUGGACCCUCUGGUAACGCUGGAGCGAAUGCUGGAGCCACUGGUGCUGCCAAUGGUGGUGGUUAUGUCGCUCCAACCAAAGGUGCACCUAUUUACGGAACACCUGGACCAAUUUUCGGCAGUGGACCCACUGGUAAUGCUGGAGCGAAUGCUGGAGCCACAGGUGCUGCCAAUGGUGGUGGUUAUGUCGCUCCAAUCAAAGGUGCACCUAUUUAUGGAACAUCUGGACCAACCUUCGGCAAUGGACCCUCUGGUAAUGCUGGAGCCAAUGCCGGAGCUAAUGCUGGAGCGAAUGCUGGAGCCACUGGUGCUGCCAAUGGUGGAGGGUACGUCGCUCCAACCAAAGGUGCUCCCAUUUACGGAACAACUAGACCAAGCUUCGGCAGUGGACCCUCUGGAAAUGCUGGAGCGAAUGCUCAGAGCAAAGCCGAUGCCGGAGCGAACGCUGGAGGCACUUCUCCUGUUUUCGGAACCGCUGGACCUACCUUCGGCAAUGGACCCUCUGGUAAUGCUGGAGCGACCGCUCUAAGCAAAGCUGACGCCGUGGCGAAUGCUGGAAGCAGUGGAUCCGGUGGAGCUUCCGCUGGAGCCAGCGCUAAAGCUGACGCCGUUGCGAAUGCUGGAAGCAAUGGAUUCGGUGGAGCUUCCGCUGGAGCCAGCGCUAAAGCUGACGCCGUGGCGAAUGCUGGAAGCAAUGGAUUCGGUGGAGCUUCCGCUGGAGCCAGCGCUAAAGCUGACGCCGUGGCGAAUGCCGGAAGCAAUGGAUUCGGAGGAGCUUCCGCUGGAGCCAACGCUAAAGCUGACGCCAAUGCUGGUGCUAAUGGUGGUCUCGGUUCAUUUGGUCCCUACGGAAAAGACUCAAGAGCCAUCUCUAGCGCAAUUUCCAAUGCAUCAGCCAACGGAGGCUCUGCUGGCAGCGGUUCGUCCGCCAACUCGUCCGCCAAUUCGUCAGCUGUCGGGUCCGGAAAGGCGAUUGCAAACGCGCAAGCAUCCAGCAGAGCUUCUUCGUUUGGACUCGGUGGCAGUUCCGCCUCCAGCCACGCUUCCGCUAGUGCCGACACGAGGAGCAUGCUGGUCUUCAGCGACUAAUCGUCUGGACAUUUCGACCUCCUCGUUAAUUAAAUGACUCCGUUUCUCGGGCCAUUUAACCAUGGGAUUAACCCAGUCCCAUGGACCGUGCCAUCGUUCUGAAGCUUUCAGGAUACUUCUCCGAUUCGUGGACACGCGAUCCGUGCUCGCUCGCAGCAUCUGAAACACGUCAAACCAGAGUCAAAGAUGCGUGCAUCGAUGAAUGACGGUAAUUAACGCGUUGCACGCUGAUGCAACGCGAUUACCGUCACGGGAUCGUGACACUGUAACCGAAGAUGAACGUAAAUCGUAAUUAUUUUGCGGUCGAACCGCGGUUUGUUAUGCAACGAGAUUUAUUGCGCUUCGUCUUCUCCCGGGAAAAAUUUUACACGAACGAGAUGAAUGAAGCUGCGGGUCGGUGUUCAUCGAAUCGUACGUUUCAAACGGAUCUGCUGUCAUUUGUGAUACUCUUCUUGCCAAUACACGAAACACAGGGGGCAACCUCUGUUCGACUCGAAAUAUCGUAAUUUUACGUUCACACUGUAUAUUCAGCUCGUGUCCACCGAUUUGAUUGUUUCAUCGAAGCGUGUUAUCGGUCAGUUUCUAAACUUUUCAGAGUGCCCUCCUUCGUUUCCGUUUUCAAUCUUCUCGCAAAAGCGGAUAAUACUCCACGCGUCGAUAUACGUUUAGCCUCUCUUUCAUUUUGGAUUAGGUAUCCUGGAUGAAACGUUAUCCCCGUGACAACGUAUAAUUAAAUACGUCUUACGCGCAGGAUAUUUUUGCUGCGUGACGAAAUAUUUGAACUGUAAGUUAUUGCAACUCGAACUUCGAGAUAACGUUUUGUCCGUCUUACUGUAAACAGCGUCGAACUCACGAUGUAGCUUUUAAUCGUGGCUAUUGAUAAUAAAAGGAAAUGUUUUUUAUUAAU